AUUCCGUCAAGUGUGAACGUUCUUUUCCAAAAGUAACUGCCAAAACUAAAAAACGAGUGAUCUGGCAACUCUCAAGACACAAACAGAAAAUUCUCAAGCAAUUCUAAUAUAAAUAAAAUCAAGGAUCAGAUCGAAGCAUAAGUUGGGCAAUUGGAGAAUAUAUGUAUAUGCAUGUGUAUAUAUAAUAUUUGGCAAUUACAUGGACAUGGCACAGCGUGUCGUAUGCGUAAUAUGCGCUUAUUGUCCCUUCUAACGACGUCAUUUGUUUGGCUUAAUUGCCAAUAAAUAAUUGUAAAAAGUGCGCACUACUUGGCCAUAAGAGUGCGUAUGUAUUUGUUGUUGUUAUUGUGACACAAGAAAUCACAAGAAUUCGCACAUCAUUUUUCAUGCUCAACGGCGAUAACAACAGCUGCAAAAAUAUGCUGGCCUGUGUGUGUGUGUGUGUGUGUGUGUGAGUGCGCGCAUGUGUUUGUGCGAGUGCUGCCACAUCAUCACGACAUCAUCAAAGCCUGCGUAAGCCAAAGCCAACCCUGACAGAGAGAAAGAGAGAGAGAGAGAGCGAGAGAGAGAGAGAGAGAGAGACGUCAACUGGGAUCUGUGGCGCCGGGAUUAGAGUUGCGGGAUGCGGGGCCGUGGCAGCGUUUAUCCUUUCUCCAUGGCUGAUCAAGCGCAAGCAACCCUUAUGACAGCCACGCCUCCCCCCCCUGUCGCUGUCAGCCUGCGCCCAAGGUGCGAUGACGCAUCAGUUCUAUUAUUUAAGCAAAAAACCAAAAAUAUCUGCGCAUUAGGAUUUGACGAGUUCCUGGCUUUGACUGACAUUGAUGACAAUGAUGACACACAAACUCGUCCCUCGACCCGCUGCCGCAAGCACUUCAAGCUGAACUCAAGAGCUCUGUUCUUGACGCCUUGGCUUUUGCAUGUGCAGGCGUCAGCAGCUGGAUAUAAACUUCGCCACGUGCUCCUCGGCUGCAUCAUUAUUUAUGCUCCGUUUCGCAAGUGCCCAAAGCCGCGCUAUAUAGCCACAAUUCCAAGGAGUCUGACACUUGGAAUCCUUGCUACUAUCAUUCAUAAGAAUUUCAGUUAAUCAGAUUCGUGAAAGAAUCCUUUGAAAUAGCUAGAAAGUUGACUGAAAUUAUCUUAAAAAUCGCACAAUUUUAUGUGCAAAUCAUUUUUGACUGAUUGCCAGAGAAAUUUGGAAUAACUUUGGAAUGUUCAUAUGGCAGCUAUACGAUAUAGUGGUCCGAUCCGAAUCAGAGUCCAGCUUGCUUAGACGGAGUUAGACGGACAUGAAUCUUGCGACUCGCCUGUCACAUCUGGAGACUUUAAUGGGUCGGAGAUGUCUUUGUCUACAUUUAAUGAAAACAUAUAAUCUUUUAUAUUAUAACAAUAUACAUCAUAAAUUAAUGUAUA